AUGGUUACGCUUGCUACGUACGUCGGUUUAUGCUCCGUGUUGAUCCACGUCAGCGGUUACCGAUACCACAAUGGGACUGAACCAGAUCCUGCAUCACAACAGCUGCCUGAGUUUAGACAACAGCACCCGAUGCCGAUUGGAGUAUGGACGAAACUAAGCGGAGAACCACUGGACGUCAGAGACACACAAGCAAUGAAUACUGAUUUGUUUAUACAUAGAAACCAUUUCAGACUUACUUCUCAUAAUACCAGAGAAAGGAUUCCAGAGCGUAUCAUGUUUGCAAAAGGCAGUGGUGCUUUUGGAUAUUUUGAAGUGACCCACGACGUUUCAAAAUAUAUCAAAUCUGAUGUGUUCAAUGAAAUUGGUAAAAGGACACCAGUUACUGCACGAUUCUCCAGUUCAUUUCAAAACCUCGGUGGGCCAGAUCUGGUCAGGGAGUUAAAAGGAAUGUCUGUAAAGAUGUAUACCAGAGAAGGAAAUUUAGAUUUUGUAAACAUAAACCUACCUGUCUAUUUCCAUAAAGACCCAAUCAUGUUCCCUCAUCUUCUACACGCUUUUAAAAGAAAUCCGCGAACUGAAAUGUUCGACUUCACGGCCAGGUGGGAUCUUACGACUUCGAGGCCACAUAUAUUAAAUGCGUUGAUGUGGAUGGCAUCAGAUUUUGGUCUGCCCGAUGGAUAUAGAAAAAUGAAUAGUUACCCAAUUCACGUGUACAUAAUUUAUAACAAAUAUGGAAAAAAAUCAUUUGUGAAGUUUAACUUCAGAACAGAAACAGGAUUACAAAAUCUGACUGACGCUCGCGCUAAAGCAAUCGUAACCGAAGAUGCUGAUUACUUUAAUAGAGAUUUAUAUAAUGCGAUUGCUGAAAAAAACUAUCCAUCCUGGAAGGUAGAUAUGGAUAUUUUAACAGAAGAAGAUUUAAUGACAGUUAAUUAUGAUCCGUUUGAUGUUACGAGAUUGUGGAAACGUGGUACCUACCGUACAGUAUCAAUUGGACGCUUAGUUUUGAAUCACCGCGUUAAUAAUCAUUUUAGUGACAUUGAACAAGUUGCGUUCAGUCCUGAUAACUUAGUCCCUGGUAUAUUGGGACCGGUUGAUUCUUUAUACAGAGCUCGGAAAGUUUUCUACGUGGAUGCUCAGCAUUAUCGCUUGGGGGUAAAUUUCGAUAAUAUUAUAGUAAAUGCUCCACUGUAUGAUAAAUUCUAUAGUCGCGAUGGUAAGCCACCUCUAUGGGACAAUAUGAAUGGUGCUCCGAAUUAUUAUCCAAAUUCAUUUAAUGGGCCUAUGCCUUUUGUGGAUGAGGAUAGACCAUUAAAAAAUUUGUUAGUGUAUCAAGGAAUCGGUGCUGAUUUGCAAACAGCGGCAGAAUUUUACAAUGAAAUUGUAGAAAGUGAUGCGCACAGACAAAGAAUAGCCAAUUAUUUGGCCAAUACACUAACGCAGGUUCCCUGGGAUGUGGAAAAGAAAGCUAUAUACCUUUUAAAUCUAGUAAGCAAGGAUCUAGGCAAACGUGUUAGGAUGACUUUGGACAAAUUGAGAGCUGAGAAUGCAGCAGCAAGACGUAAUGAUAUUGCACAGUGUAUAGCUGAUGUAACUCGAUUAAAUAUUCACCGUAGUGUGAAUAAGUACUUCAAUCAGUACGACUAA